UGUUAACAUUAAGAAAGCAAAAAGAACACUUUUUUCCCUCCCAGAAACUUCCUCGUUUGUUUCCCUGGAAUAUUUUGGUUGAACCGGGAAAUUCCGUUGGAUCAGAAGCCAAGUGGGUCUUGAUUAGAAUGCACUAUGCAGCGAUUAAGGAGCUCAGGGACCUCAAUUUUGCGAAAUCUAGGGGCAGCUCCCAGGUUGAAAAGGAAGGCCUUGAAUUCAUGGGCCGCUGUGCAGGACACCUAUUUCUCAACCAAGGACAUAUUUGAGAGGCAUAGGGUGGUAUUUACAGUUGGGACUUCUAUUGCAUCGGUUGCUACAGCAUGGAUCGGAUAUUCUUUACGUCACUAUCAUCAAAUAAGAGUUGAUGAAAGGCUUGAAACCAUUGAAAAAGCUAUGAGUAACAAUUAUAAUCUUGACCAUUCAGAAAUUAGAAAGAUUGCUGGUUUCGGAAGUAUCAGUUCUCCUGCUUGUUUUGCCACUGCUGGAACUGCUUUAAUUAUUGGGUAUGGCUUGGGCUGGCGAGGUGGAUCGUGGUAUGCGAAUAGGAAGUUCAGAAAGGAGCAGAUGAAGUUGCUAGGACAGAUAAAACCUAGAGGGUGGCAAUUGCUUGGUCAGGUAACAACACAAGAUGGUUAUAUACUCAGUAUGCAGAGAAUUCCAGAGGGGCGGUCAGGGAAGACUCCGGGACAGAGGCCGCCAGUUUUGUUGCAGCAUGGCCUCUUGAUGGAUGGGAUAACAUGGCUGCUAUUAUCUCAAGACCAAUCAUUGGCUUUCCUCUUGGCUGAUAAUGGGUUUGAUGUGUGGCUUGCUAACACCCGUGGAACCAAAUAUAGCCGUGGGCAUGCAUCACUAAGUCCCAAUGAUCCGGCUUAUUGGGAUUGGUCAUGGGAUGAAUUGGUAGCUUAUGAUCUUCCAGCUACAUUCCAGUAUGUGCAUGAUCAAGCAGGACAGAAACUGCACUAUGUUGGGCAUUCACUUGGAACAUUGAUUGCUCUGGCUGCCUUUUCGAAAGACCAGCUGGUGAACAUGUUGAGAUCAGCUGCUUUACUUAGCCCAAUUGCUUAUGCGGGUCAGAUGACCUCACCAAUUGCAAGAAAUGCUGCUGACAACUUUGUUGGGGAGGCCUUAUACUGGUUGGGUGUUGAAGAAUUUAAUCCAACAGGGAAGGCUGUAAUUAAACUUCUUGAGGAUAUCUGCAACAGGCCAGGUGUUGACUGCACCAACUUGUUAACUUCUUUCACUGGCCAGAAUUGCUGCUUGAACUCUUCCAUAGUAGAUGUUUUUCUAGACCAUGAACCUCAGUCAACGGCUACAAAGAACAUGAUCCAUCUGGCUCAGAUGAUCAGAUAUGGAAAUAUAGCUAUGUAUGAUUACAAUAACGCGGAUGAGAACAGGAGACACUAUGGGCAGCCCACUCCUCCCUUGUACAACAUGACAAGCAUUCCAAAUGACCUUCCUCUCUUCCUCAGCUAUGGAGGGGCCGAUGCUCUUUCUGAUGUCAAAGAUGUGAAGCUCUUGCUGGAUAGCCUCAAAGAUCACGAUGGAGAUAAGCUUGUAGUUCAGUACAGAGAUGAUUAUGCUCAUGCAGACUAUGUCAUGGGAGAAAAUGCUAAGCAACUUGUGUAUGAUCCUCUCAUGGUUUUCUUUAGGCUUCAAUGAGGAUAUUACAUGGAAAACAUAUAAGGUGUUAAUAUGAGUAAUUUUGUUUACCACACCAAUAUUCUACAAGCAUCACACCCUGCUGACGUCACAGUGUCAAUUAUAGCUUGUAUUGCCACAUUCGUAGAGUGAGAUAAUAGUAGUAUAUUUGUGUGGUAUAUAGCAUUACUUUGUUUAUACAUGUGCUCGUUUCACAGUGCUAUUGGCAUGCAGUUUUACA